AAACUGGCGGCGAAGAAGGCGUCCAAGAACAAAGAUGAUCUCGAUGCUCUGCCACAAGAAGCAACAAGUUUGUUUGGAGAAAAAGAAAUAUCACGGAAGAGGAAAAAAGGUCGGAGUGAUUUGGAAUUUUAUAGGGACUCCACCACUGGUUUGAGGAUAUACAAGCACAAGUAUCGGCCUCGCGAAAAAAAGGUGACGAAUACGUCGCUCUGCAGUGCAACAGAAGAAGAUAAGUCCUUUCCAGUCCCUAAUAUACCAGAUCAUUGUUCAAGUUGUAAAGAGGCUGGAUUCAUACAACAAGUUCCAUCUUCUGGUUUCUUUAUAAUAGUUAAUGAAAAACUUAAGGUAAUAGUGUCUGUUUGCUUAAACUGUCCUGGAAUUUUACUUAUUUCCUGUAUGUAAUUAUUAAGUGAAUUAAUAAAAGUAAUAUGGCUUGCUCUUUAUCUCAAAUUACUUU